GUGAUUUUAAUGUCACAAGUAAUUCUGUUAUUCAGGUAUCAGCUUUGUUGGGUCGUAUCCCAUCAGCUGUAGGUUACCAGCCAACACUAGCCACUGACAUGGGUACUAUGCAGGAAAGAAUUACAACAACAAAGAAAGGUUCCAUCACAUCAGUACAGGCUAUCUAUGUGCCAGCUGACGAUUUGACAGAUCCUGCCCCAGCCACCACAUUCGCUCACUUGGACGCCACAACUGUAUUGUCUCGUGGUGUUGCCGAGUUGGGUUUCUACCCAGCUGUAGAUCCCCUUGACUCCACCUCUCGUAUCUUGGACAGAAAUGUGGUAGGAGAAGAACAUUACGGUGUAGCUCGUGAUGUACAAAAGGUUUUACAGGACUACAAAUCACUACAAGAUAUCAUUGCUAUCUUGGGUAUGGAUGAAUUGUCUGAGGAAGAUAAAUUGACAGUAGCCAGAGCACGUAAAAUGCAGAGAUUCCUCUCCCAACCUUUCCAGGUGGCCGAGGUCUUCACAGGCUCCGAGGGCAAAUAUGUACCACUCAAAGAAACCAUCGUAGGAUUCCAGAAGAUCUUAGGAGGUGAAUUGGAUCAUGUACCAGAAGUUGCUUUCUACAUGGUAGGAAAUAUUGAAGAAGUCUUACAGAAAGCCGACAGACUUGCUGACGAGAAGAAGUGAUCAUAAGACAUUAACUAGAAAUUAUGUGCUAUUAUAUUUCAACAUACUAGGUUUAAAAUAAACACUUUGUUUUGAUGAAAGAUAACUUAUUGAAAGUGAUAUUUGAAAUUACUCUUGGGAGUUGUUUUGUAUAAUUAGUUCUAGCCACACAGCAUGGGUAUGUAUAUCAAAGAAUGGGACCCCUCGAGAACAAUUCUGAACAACAGUUUAUAGUGUUUUAAGUGUGCAUGUUGGAAAAUAUCUUGUGCUAGUGGUGAUGAAUUAAAAAAAAUAUAAAAAACAAUUCCUUUUGUUUGCCUUUUGAUUCAAUUAUUGUAGGGUCAUUGACUCAACGCACCGACUAUUAAUGUCAUUUGGUGAUUAAGGCCAGCCUAAGCCCAAAUCCACAAAAAAACUUCUGGAUGCCCUUCAGUGCAUUUAUUAUUACAUUUCUUAAUACAUGUACUUAGUUCCAAUUUUGAAAGAAGAUUAGGUAGGAAGGUUGUUUAAUCUGCUAGGCAAUGAAUUGUUGAUAUAGUUCUAUUUGACAAAAUAUCUUUAAUUUUACACCACCAAGGAGGGGAGUCAUGUAUUGUUAAUCUUUUGCAUGUGUGUUCCUAAAAGUACAUAUUUCAUGUUCUAUUUGUAACUUCUGCAUGCACAAUAUGAUUUCAAAAUGAAUUCCAGCUCAUGUCCGUUAGUAUAAGGGAUAUCGAACUUUGUGUAUCUGUCAUAAAGUGAAGUACUGUCAAAGUUUGAUUCCAAUCCAUGACUUCUUGAUGCGAUAUUGGGUUCCAAAAUAAAUUUGUACACAUAAACGACAUA